AUGGGCAAGGUUGUUGAAUAUCCAGUGAAACAUCUCAUUUCAUUCGACGCUGUGGAAAUUUCGCCAACUUCUGCGUCACAGAUGACGGUUAAAGAAAUGAUUUCCGAGGUAGCUAAAUAUCGAAAAAGGUGGGAUACGGCAACAAAAGAUGGUACCUACGAUCAAGAGGUAGUCAGAAAGGUAGAGGAGCAGUUUCUAGUCAAUUUUAUUUUCCGUUCAAACUUAGAAGAGGGACAUGGACUUCGCACGCAUGAUGAAACGAAAAGUUUUUUGUCUCGAAGAGACUUCCCACGUCCUUUGUCGCUCGAAGAACAAGAAACUAUAAACAUGAGAAAUGCAUAUGAAAAUUUGUUAGCUAAAAUCAAGAGGGAAGAACUAGACAGAGAUUACGGACUACUGGAAACAAGUUUACUAAAAGAGAUACAUCGUGUUAUCUUACAAGACAUUCCUCUUCCAAAGGGUUUUACGAAACCUGGAAAAAUGAGCAACAAACCUCGGGUGACCGAAUUUCGAGGAGAAAUUUACUACUACGCGAACCCUGAAGAUAUGGAAAGCGCAGUUGUCAACUUAUUAGACAAGUACAAUUUUCUGUUUGAUUCUUCCACAAAGGAUGGGCUGACAAAUUUUGAGGAUUUGUGUGAUUUUUUCAAAACCUGUGCUUGGAUUCUCCUAGAACUUCUUGAUCUUCAUCCUUUUUCGGAUGGAAAUGGGAGAUUAUGUCGUAUUCUUUGCAGCUAUUCACUGUCAAAACUGAACCCUUUUCCCACACCAAUCUACAGUGUCUGGAAUGAUUCCCCUAAUGAUGCCUACAUUGAAGCCUUAGUUGAAGGAAGAAAUUCACCAGGUAGGAUGUUUUUAUUGUGCUUAAAAACAACCUGAGUUCAGGCAUUUCAACGUGGGUGAGUGGUUAGAAUGCUGGACUUGCAAUUCAGGGACCCCUAGUUCAAGUCCUGUUCUGACCGCUAGCUGGAUUUGUUCUUGGUAGUCCCAAAUUCAGCCAACUGGCUCGUCCCCUAUCAGUUGCGAUACUUAACCCGUGUGUGUUUGACUAAGAUUAUAAGUUUCAUGCAUUUGCUCUGCACCACUAGCAUUAGUGCUAAAAAUACUACUAAUAAUAGGGCAACAAAAUUGUUAUUAUUCUGCAUAAAGGCUGACAAGAGAAGAAAGAAAUGAAAAGGGUAGGGAGCAAAGGAAAAGAUACACUUGAUGGAAAUGCUUUUACUGAAGUUUUCUACCUCUGCAGCAUGUAUCAGUGUUAGCCAAUCAACUUCACUUGUGGUCAUGUUGUUAUUGGCUUGAAAAACUGUUAUGGGCAAACUUAACACAAAUGAGCUUCUAACGAGAAGUUUGAGAUGUCAUAAAAUACACAAGCUUUAGAAAGAGCAAUUCUUAUUUGAGCAUUUGACAAAUAUGUACUGUGAAGUAUACACCAGGGGUUUCAGUAAGUACUGACGGCCGACAAGACGGCCGAUGAAACGUGUUGGCUACUCUGCUCAUAGAAGUCGGCUUCAGCUACUUUUUUUAGAAAGGAGAGGCAACUAGUUUGAAUAACGUUGUCAACAAAAAAAUAUAUCAUAAAAUCUGAAUGAAAACCUAAUUAUGAUGUGUUUUCAUAAAGGCCCACUGGCUUUAUGUUAUGCUUUAGUCCUAAAAAAGUUUGUUAAACGCUAUAUUUCAGUCAAUUUUUCACAAGUUUCUUUAUAGGUUUACGCAGAAUAUGUUGAAGUGCAAAAGUACAUUCGUUAUAUCAUUUGUUCAUUUCUUGUAGGAAUUGAUUGUGACUGAUAAUUCAAAAGUUGAAUGAAAGCUAUAUUUUCUUGAAUGAAGAGCACGCUCUUGUUCUCAAUUUUCAGAAUGCUGAAAAUCACAUUUUAGGGCUUUUUCUAGGGAAGCACAUAAUUUCCAGACUGCUACCCACUACCUCGGACCAGAGUGAGACUGCGUGUCCUUCCCAAAAAUACUCCACAGCUUUCUUGACAACUUUAAUCUUGAGGGCCAUUAAUCCUUUUUCAUUACCUCAGGUGUUUAAAAACUGAUUCCAGGUACAUCAAAAUGAUCACAAAAAUGUUUGAAGGUUAUGUAUAUCUCAGUGUUUUGAGCAUUGGGCCUGAGGCCUAGGGAAGAGGCUCAGGAAAUUCCAGAGGGAAGAGGGGUGGAGGAAUGUAACCACGUCCACAGGGUUUAAUUUUGAUUCAUGUUUGAUCACUAAUUUAGCUACAAAACGGCAAUAGAAAUAAACUGGUACUUCAUUUUUGGCACACAAGUAACUUGAACUAUAUCAUUUAUUAACCAGGCUUUAGUUCUUCCAAAAGCAUUUCGGAUACCAUUUGAAAGAAAUAAGGGCAACCACAACUCAAUUGAUGUGUUUGUGUUACUCGUUACCAGUUUCCCUAAAGACAUCCAUGCUGUAUUAGGGAUGUCCCUAAUAGCUUGCUGCUGGCUACACUGUAAUUUCACUGGCGGAGAAAGACUUAGCCCUUGGCUCAAAUUACUGUGGAAAACAAAGACAUGGGGUCAAUAUUGAAAAGUGCAGUUAAGUCAAAAAUUCAACUUGACCAAAACAAAGGCUGUUUAGCUUCCCUCAGCUACAUCCUUGCAGUAUUGUUUUGUGUUACAUUAGUCAAUCAAAAAGGGAGAGUUUUGCUUCAACAAGCAAGAGGUACAAUGUAACGAUUUCAGAAAUCUACUUAGUUCUGUGUUCGAAAUUGUGGCAUGUUUAUGAUUGCAUUCAUGCUAAAAUUAUCUCAUUGGCUGUGUUCCACAGACUCCAAUUAGCUUUAAUUUCUAGUUACAUGUAGUUAAUAACUCUUAUAAUUAUACUUGUUGGUUUCACAGGUAGACAUCCUUGUGCCCUUACAACAAUGAUAGUACAGUGUAGUUAUUAUCAGUGGAAGAACUUUUUUGAGGCCUUGGACAAAGAAACUGCUAGUACAUGUAGAACUAUUGCCAGGAAGAAUGAACAUUUUGAGGCCUUGGGCAAAGAAACUGCUAGUACAUGUAGAACUAUUGCCAGGAAGAAUGAACAUGUAUUGAAAAAACAGUACAUGUACUUCAAAAUGUUUGUCAUCAAGUUAGGCAACUUUUUCCUGUCCAAAAGACAUCUCGGUUGUCUCCUAAUUUUUAUUGGAUUAGUUUCCAAGCCAGGGUUACAUUCGUCAAGUUGCACCAUGUUUUCCUUUUUGUGUCAUUUCUUCAACUACAUUUCAUUUUAUUGAGCAUGUUCAAUGAUAUUAACUUUAUUGAUAAUUAUCAGGGCUCAAAGGUUAAAUUUGAGUUUGGUACCAGAUGUAAAUUUUUAAGCUUACUGCCAAAAAUUUAGGCACACAGCUGAAGAUUUUAGGAGCACAGCUUAGUAAGGUUGGAGCAUCUGUUUCAAAAGAAAAAAGUAAAAAGCUUAACAGUGCCAUGUUCGUAUGUCAUCUUCAGUUUGUUACUUUUAUUUCAGUCCUGUGAUUGAUAAAAGACAGCCAAUUUGCUAUGCAGUAAUACUGUUGUGAUUCAUACUUGCUGACAGUACAGCUGUGACUAAAGACAACUUACACUUGAAAAAAAGAGCACAAAAACAAUGAGUAUGUCAAUUGAGAAUGAACAUUAAUCUUUAAUGAAUUUCUUAAAUGCACAUUGUCUUACAUGUAACUGGGAUAGGACUUGUCAGCUUUCUUACCUGGAAGAAAAAAGGCUCUUAAUCUGCUCUGUCUUUGUUUUGAUAUGCUUGACACUCUUCACCUUUCAGUUGACGUUCAACAUGAUCGUCCAUUGUGCAAGAAGCAGCAGUUUCGUUCGUAGCAAAAUGUGUCAGUGGUGUUUAUUACAAAACGGAAGAGUCUGGGUUGGAGUAAAACAUUGAAGCGAAAUUCGUGGAAUCCAUUGGGAGAAAGGACGAAUUAAACAUAUGCAGAUGAAAGGAAAACAAUAUUAACUUUAUCAUUUAGAGCCUGGUUGUGGUAUUUCUGUAUUACUUUUUCUUUUCAUUGCUUGAAGCUACUGUUUAACGUCUUACUAUUUCAAGUUGGUAAUUAUGGUCAGGUUUGGAAGCAGCGGGGCAAGUUAGUCGCACUGUGUUUUGGGUCUUAUGGCACACAGGUGCGAUCAUACAUGAUUUUUUAGGCACAUAACCAAAAAUCCAGUCACAUAUGCGACCAGUUAGUCGUUAACUUUGAGCCCUGAUUGUUAAAUUUAUUUUUGUGUAAACUGGAGUCAAUAAUUAUUGUUUGAUGAAUAAAACUUACUGUACACUGUAUGUGUAAUUUACAA